AAGUGUAAAAUACUCACCCUGUUCGAAAGCUGUUCGAUUCUCAACUGACGCAUUCAGCAGUGAAAGCACCGUGCAGCUGCAAAAAAUCGCAUCCGUCAAAAGCCAUUGGCACCGAAGGUUCUCUCCUCUGAAGCGCUACAUGCCUUAACAAUGAGGCGCACAUGGCUACAGUGACACAGAUGCUUUGUGUGGCCGGCAAUUGUACACCCCCUUGUCAACUCGUACAGCAAUGAAAUCGUUGCGCAGAAGUACACAGGAGAGAAAGGCUGGACUAGAAAGCUCUUGAACUAAUCAUUACUGUUAGAUGCCUGUUUGCAGAGGUUGGCUGGUCUCGCGCUCGGCUGAAGUAAAACCAACAGUCGGGGCACGUCACCGGCUCGUGAAGAGGUUUCGGUUCAUCGCUUGCGAAUAAAUCAACUCGAUACUAAGUGUUAGACAGUGGGUUGACUCACAUGUGCUUAAAUGGUGCUGCAGAUUUGCAGAAGUGGUCUGAAAACAGCCGAGCAAAGUCGAGAUCAUGCCGUCGCACGAGGUGAAAAUGUUCAACCACUGUCAACUGUUUUCGUAUUCUUUACCCACUGUUUGCUAUGCGACUUCGGGAAGCUUCUUUCGCAUUUCUGGAUUCUCACCGGAAACCGCUUGCGAGACAAAAUGCCACGUAGUGGAGGCGGCCGAAGCCGACUAAAGUAUAUUCCGUAAAACACCUGCAUUUCAAGAGGCUACCCAAGGGAUUGCAAGUUGUUCUCGUUGUUCUCGGUGCUUUUCCCGCCUGAACCCUUCACACAUCAUGGUUCGUACAGCACGAGGCAAAACACAGUUCCUUCUCUUAUGCGUUGCCCUCUCCUUUGCAGCGAGUUCCGAAAAAGCAAUUUCAGAUCCCACGGCUGCUGAAGCGCCAUUCGAGUCUGGGACUGAUGCGCAAGUGCUGUCUCAAGUUAGCGCUGCGCAGGAAGCAUCAGUGGAACUCGACGGCGAAAUCGCGACACCAGAGACAAUUGAGAUAGGUCAAUCCCGAGAGUCUUCGCAUGAGUUCACCAUUCUGUACAUCACCGAGACCGUGCCUGUCGAAGCAGUACAGUCCAGAUCCCCGCCAACUACUGUAGAUGUGUAUAUUGCAGCACUCAAUGGGACCAUGCUGCAUGACGACUCAGCAUUUAUGUUUGUUACCGUGUACUACGGAAACGGGACCGAAGGCGACACAUUGACGGCCCACGUGCAGGAGCCUCAAACUCAAGGCGUAUGGAAAAGGCCUUACUCGAUUCAGAAAAGUUCCACCUAUCUCGGCCGCCCGCAUUUUGGUGCUGAAGAGUUGAAAGACCCGGACCAUCUGGAGAGGAACCGCAUUAGUGUGGCAAAGUAUGCAGACGCGCCGCAAACAAGAGGAUACUUUGAGACUAGCAGAGACCACAGAACUACCCAGGCCGAUUCUCUCUUUCAUCGGCGCAAAAAGCCAGGAUCGAUCGAAAAUCAACGACGGCACCCGCGUAAACUGCGCCGUCGAGAUGGAAAUCGAGAAAACACUUAUCUCCAGUUUCAACCAGCUUACGGACAAGACCUCCACACAUUCGUGCACAUUGCUGCUGGCAAGGCCGAGGCAGCCUUAGUUGGGAAUAUCUUGUUUAAUCCCAAGCCGAAAGGCGACAUUUACGUCCAAAGCGUUCUCGAGAUUCCCCAUGCCUUCCGAAAGUGGGUAGAUCCUGAGUACGCGCCACUCUGGGAUCCGGAGUUUAUUGUCACCGGGGACUACUGGAGCUCAACACUCACACCUUGGUACAACACUUCUGCGAUAUCUUUUACUAAUGGCACGUACGCGAUGGCCGAGGGUUUCUACAAGCACCGAUCGGCAAGUUCGGCGAAAAUGGUGAUCUCUGUCGAUUUGGAGGCUGCUCGACAUGAAACAGAGAAGUUCAUGAGCUUGCUUGGCGCACAAACCACACAGAAUUCCCGCCUCGCUUUGGAGCUGUCGGAGCUCACUGACAAAGUCAGAUUUGCAAGGCAGCAACUCCGGAUGCAGUCGGAGGGUAAGCGAGUUCGCUUCGUUUUAAUCUUCACGAACAACUGCCGGCAUCGCUUAGUCUGGCUUCCUUUGGCAUCGGAACUGAAAUGUCGGACAAACCAAAAAAUUAAGAACGCCUCUGCGCUUCGAGAGCUUCAGCUGUACCAAGAGACGAUUAUGCGCCACACUUCGGAAAUAGAACUUUGUGAAGCGCAGGCAGUCGAACGCAAGCUGGCACUCGCCUUGCAAGUCGAAAAGAGUGGAGCCAAUGCAGUGGAGCGUGAAACAUCGUAUAAGCGGGCAAAGGCGGAUAAGGAAGCGAGUCUCUCCUCGCUGUCGAGGCAAGUCACCGAGAAAAAAGCGCAACUGUCUCAACUGACAGAGGGUGUGUGCCGCUUGCGGGAAGCUGUUGCCACUUCGAAGAGUGAAAGGCAGCUGUUACUGCAAAGACACGCUCAAACAGUCGCCAUUCUGAGAACUCGCUUUGAUGCCGAGCUUAAAGAACUUCAGUCCGAGGGUCCCCGAGGUCCAUUGAUGAUUCAGAAGUUAGAGAGAGAAAUCGAAGCUCUAGAAUUGGUGAGUCCCGAGCAGUUAUUCUUUCGUCCGCUGCAGCAAUCUCAAGCUGUCACUACUUUGCAGAAGAGAAACCUGCUUUCGAAGGAGAAGGAGUACUUCCUUUCUCGAUUCAGCACUACGACCACAAAUCAGGCCGGCCGGCCCGUUCUUCUACCCCAGACGAAGCCACAGUUAAACAAGAAGUCUCUUUACGAACUCCUUUCUACGGCGAUUACUGAAACAGUUCCACAGGAAUGACGGCCUAGUCGUUCUUAACCGAAAUGAUUGUGCCCCGCCAAUGCUUCUGCAGGUGCAAGGAUGACCUUGGUUACAUUCAGUGUUUCUCAUUGCUACCAGGCGCGCUGAGAAAAAGCUCCUUCCGCCAUUCGUUGACUGUGUUUGCCACGAGGAAUUAGAACAUACUAUUCGGUUCCUUGUCUGGAGAUGACAGACUGCCAAGAAUGCGAUCCACCUUAGCUUCACACUGCCUACGGAGUUCCGUCCAAGCUUACAGGACGAGGUAGAGAGCUCUCAUAUCAUCUGGCCUGUUACCCCUGGCGUACCCUACGACCAACGUGACGAGUGGUGUUUGAGACUAGUGUACAUGCGUUCAAUCAAGUGUAGUUUAUUUGGAGGCUGGCUUAUCCGUGUCCGUCCAAAAUAUUCCUAAUCCUGCCGCUUUUUUGUGUGUGACUUCUCCUUUUUCUGGUGAGCCGAUACUACGAGCGAAUUACUGGUUUCGAUCUUGAAGGUCUGGG